UUUUCCCUAGUUUGGGUUUCGAUUUUGAGUAGGGGCUCAUCGACAUUUCUGGCAGCAGCUAGUACGCCCUAGAUGCCGAGUCCCACGAAGGCUUCUUUGCGGGUGGACCCCUGGGCUAGCAGUGAAACCCCUUGCUGUCUGCCUUCGCGGAGCCCGAGUCCAAGACUGCAAGCCCGACAGCCCUACAGAUCGCCAGUAGACAAGAGGGGGCGUUCACGCAGUCCGUUCGUGAAAGGCCUGGUACUUUCGUUCUAAAGCUCUCGUUUCCUUGGGGAACAGAACUGUUAGCGCAGCAGGUGCUCUGUCUUUAGUCUUCCCCGGUCCACCCACGGCCCAAAGGGUUUAAAUCUUGGCUCCAGUCUCUUGGGAGAAGUUAUAAUUAUUCAGUAUGUUUCCACUGAGUGAGGAAAACAAGCAUGUGGCCCAGCUCUUGUUCAGUUCUGGUACCUGUCCAAGAUGUAUCUUCAGAUUGUGUGGUGUGGAUCUUCAUGCACCUUACAGACGCUCAUCCAAGGAGUUGUUCAGUGAUCUACAGAAAUUUCUAGAAACUGAAAAAGAUGAAUUAAUUGUGGAAGUUUCAAACCCACCAUUGAAGAAAAUUCGUCUUCAAGAAGACGGAAUGGAUAAUUUGAGUGGAAAUGGAGAGGAGGGGGUCUCUGCCACAGAAGAUGAAAGGAUUGCUUCUGAGCCUUCAAAUUUGAGUGUGUGCAAUGUUUGCUUAGGAAUUCUUCAAGAAUUCUGUGAGAAAGAGUUUAUUAUAAAGGUGUGCCAAAAGGUUGAAGCCUCUGAGUUUGAAUUCACUAGUGUGGUUUUAUCGGUUUCCUUCCCGCCACAGCUGUCUGUGAGAGAGCAUGCUGCAUGGUUGCUGGUGAAACAGGAAAUGGGAAAGCGGAGUCUGUCAAUGGGAAGAAACGAUGUGGUUCAGCUGAAAGAAGCCUUCAAAUGGAUAACUCACCCCCUGUUCUCAGAGGAACUUGGAGUUCCCAUUGAUGGGAAGAGCUUGUUUGAAGUGAGUGUGGUCUUUGCUCAUCCAGAAACAGUUGAGGAUUGCCACUUCCUAGGUGAAGUUUGCCCAGAUUGUUUCAAACCAGCCAAAAACAAACAGUCAGUGUUCACCAGAAUGGCGGUUUUGAAAGCUUUGAAUAAGAUACGAGAAGAUGAUUUCCUCAAGCAAUUCCCUUGUCCUCCAAACUCACCAAAGACUGUGUGCACUGUCCUUGGAAUUGAGUGUACUCAUGGUGCUGUCUUUGUUGCUGGCAGAUAUAAUAAAUACUCCAGGAAUCUACCACAAACUCCUUGGAUAAUUGAUGGAGAAAGGAAAAUGGAAUCUUCAGUAGAAGAAUUAAUUUCAGAUCAUCUCUUGGCAGUAUUCAAAGCAGAGAGUUUUAAUUUCUCAUCCUCUGGAAGAGAAGAUGUAGAUGUGAGAACUUUAGGAAAUGGAAGGCCCUUCGCAGUGGAGCUGCUCAACCCCCGCAGAGUGCACUUCUCCUCACAGGAGGUCAAGGAGCUCCAGCAGAAAAUUAAUAAGUCGUCUGACAAAAUCCAAGUACGUGACCUGCAGCUUGUCACCAGAGAGGCAAUCGGGUACAUGAAGGAAGGCGAGGAGGAGAAGACCAAGACCUACAGUGCCUUGAUCUGGACAAAUAAAGUUAUACAGAAGAAAGACAUUGGAUUCCUAAAUGACCUAAAGGACUUAAAGAUUGACCAGAAAACACCUCUCCGGGUUCUUCACCGAAGGCCCUUGGCCGUGAGAACGCGGGCCAUUCACUCUAUGGAGACGCGCUACUUGGAUGAGCAUCAUUUUCGUCUGUAUUUGAAGACCCAAGCUGGGACCUACAUUAAAGAAUUUGUACACGGAGACUUUGGGCGAACCAAGCCGAAUAUUGGCUCUCUGAUGAACGUGACCGCAGACAUUCUUGAGCUAGAUGUGGAGUCUGUAGAUGUUGACUGGCCACCUGCUCUGGAUGACUAGCUCUCACAUUUCACACAAAGGGUUUUCCUGACAUCAUGUGGACAUACAGGCCGUGGAUCCUGGAAAAUGACUUACCCACCACAACGGUGUCUUUAAAACGGUGACUUGGAUCAUGUUGAUCUGUUUCUAAAGUUCACUGUAACAUCUCAGGAUACAUAUGUAUACAUAUUUGUGUUCUGUUGUUCUGAGUACGUCAGAUGUUUUCUCAUUCUCUGUUUCAUGACCAUGAAACCAAACUAGGAACCGAACCCUUUUCCUUUUUAAUUCUGGCACUUCGAACAUGUGCAGUGGGAGACACUGUUAGAGGAGCCGUGUCUUCCAGCAAGGCUUCCUACAGGAGACACGGCACCUUUAAAGGAAUGUACUCAAGUUUUCAGAUCAUCUGAAUAAAGGCUACAACUAGA